AUGCCAUCUUCUCAAGCUAAUGCGAAUCUCAUGAGAAGAACUCUUCUCACCCACAUUGACAUGCUCAAUAACACCAUCGCCGAUCUUCGCCAGCUGUUGCCAAGAGCGCAAAUUGGCAGAAAUGCCGCGCAUCGAGGACUGGAGACAGUCCGCGGACUUCUUCGUACCAGAACUCGUCAAGUAGAGGAGCUCCGGGCGGAAAGAGAUGCCUUGGAACAUCAAGACCUGCGUCCUCACUGCAACGUCUGCCGCGAAAUGUUUCUUCCGAAGGCUGAAAAAAUGUUAAGAAACUUUGCUGUCGAGCAGCAAUAA